GUUAUAAGCAGUCGACCAUGCGACGCGAACCAGCUGAGGAAGUAAAUACACCACAAAAAAAAAUUAUUGGAUUCGAUCGCAUGAGUCUAGCAAAAAGAGAGCGUCGUUGUUUACAAAUAAACGUAUAAUUCAUUCGGACACGUUGACCCGACUCGACACGCUUGAUUUAUAAGUGAAGAUGAAGACGUGGUUUUCGUACAAAAGUGGUGCUCGUGACAUGGCUCAUCGACCAACAAGCUAAUAUUUUAGCACCUGACAAAACUGAAACUCAAGUUCGCCCAGCAGUGGCUCAGUUAUUCGUGUCCUGAUUCGCGAUAUGUCUAUUCGGAACUUAGUAGAAGCCGAGUGCGGUGCGCCAAAUCCUCUCGUCAAACUUUCAAGUCAUGCGAUCCAGGACGCAGCGCGACAGCAAGAAGGGCUCCUAAGGCAAAGACACCAUGGACAGCUCGGAGCAGCUGGAACUUCUGCAGGGCUCGUUGAUGAAUUUCUGGCCGAGAGGCAUGGACCAGAAAGGAUGGCCCCACAGACCUUCCACAUGGCUGGCCUACUCCAGGAAAUGCAUGAUAUUGAGAAGAUGUACCAACCACCAGUGUCAGUGCUACCGGGCAUCGCUGAUGCUGGCGUCGCCAAGGCUUGGGCUGACGAGUUUAUUCCCUCCAUGCCGGAGGUCAAGGAAGAGCCCGGCCUAGUCGCAGCUGUUUGGUCCCGGGAAUUUGCAGGCACUUCUGCGGCAAUGCUGCCACAGGAAGCCCCCAUCAAGUGGGCUGAAGAAUACCUUUUGGAAGGUGAACAGAAGCAUGCCAGUGCACAAGGUUCGGCAACAGAAGGCAGUCAAAGCAUGGCUCAGGUGGCUGACGAGCUUCUGAAGAAUGUCAACGAUGAUGCAUUGAUGGAGACAGAGUUUAUGCAGUUUGUGAAGAGGCUAAGAGACGACGACACAGACAUAGGGGAACGGGCUGCGAGCUGGGCUGAAGACUUUGCUCGACAUUACGGUGCGCCGCAGCAGCAGGAGUCGUGGCCGCAGGACCCAACUUCCCCUGAAGGAAUGGCAACUGAGUGGGCGAAAGCAUUUACGGCAGAGGACAGAGAAAAGGGAAACGACACUGACUUCUGGGAGAACUUGCAGAAAGAGUGGGACCAAGUGACGAGGGAGGCGCCUGAUUCUCAUCCAUGGCUAUCGGAGUACGAAAGUCUUCCCGAGCCUUAUCGUGAGUACAAGUUUGCUGACGUGAAUCCAUUGGAAAAUGUCGAGAAUCCCUUUGAAGAAGGCCUUAAGAAGCUUCAAGAAAACGACAUUCCGAGUGCAGUUCUGCUCUUUGAAGCAGCUGUCCAGAAAAAUCCACAGCAUGUUGAGGCAUGGCAAUACUUGGGGACAACGCAAGCUGAAAAUGAGCAGGACACAGCAGCUAUUGCAGCCCUGAGAAAGUGCCUGCAGCUGAACCCGCAGAACCUGACUGCUCACAUGGCCUUAGCUGUGAGCUACACCAAUGAGGCCCUACAGAUGCAGGCAUGCGAAUCCCUGCUGGAGUGGCUCAAGUGCAAUCCCCGAUACGAGGCUCUGCGGUCGUCAGCCAACAUAACCUAUCGGAAGACAUCUCACCCUGCGUUUACCAUAAUGACCAGUGAACAGCAUAGCAAGACACGAGAUCUAUUCAUCGAGGCAGCCAGGAUGUCCCCCAAUGACCCUGACCCAGAUGUUCAGUGUGCCUUGGGUGUGCUGUUCAACCUGGUUGGCGAGUAUGACAAAGCAGCCGACUGCUUCCGAGCAGCACUCACUGUGCGGCCAAAUGACAGCCUGUUGUGGAACAAGCUUGGUGCCACACUUGCUAAUGGCAGCAGGUCUGAGGAGGCUGUUGAUGCUUACCGCCAAGCACUGCAGCUUUCGCCUGGUUUUAUUCGAUCUCGAUUCAACCUCGGCAUCAGCUGUAUCAACUUGGGAUCAUACAGGGAAGCUGCAGAACACUUCUUGACAGCACUGAACAUGCAGUCUGCCGGAAGGGGCCCAGCAGGUAUGCAGUCUGUAAACAGCGCAGUCUCGGAGAACAUCUGGUCGACUCUGCGCAUGGUGCUCACACUUCUCAAUCGGCCCGACCUCUACAAGGUGGCCGACAGGAGAGACUUGCCGUACCUCAACAGAGAGUUUGGUGUGGACUCCUGACUACACCCCAACGAAGUGCUGUGCGAGUGCUGUUACCACAGUGAACUUCCAGAGUCGUGCCUGAACUCGAAAUCACCAACGUGACCAAUCAAGCAUAACAGAUUCCAGCUGUCGGCUUAGCUUUCGAUGUUGUCACGAUUGCAUUCUUUCCAUCAUGUGGUUCCGGGAGUCGGCAAGUUCUCCAGAUCUUUGAAGCUUGCAAUCGGUCAUAAUGACAUAGCCCAUACGUACACGAAUCUAACACGACAGCGAUAUAAUGCAAUGGUGACUUUUGACUGAUCCGGAAAAUAAAAAUGGUUCUUAUGAUUA